GGGCGAGUUGCUCGCUGCUCGUAGAGUAGGUUCCUACCUGUUUGGGUGGUUUGCUUGAUUUUCUUUUCUUUUCUUUUUUUUCUUUUCUUUUCCCUCUCCUACCCCUCCCUCUGCCUGCCGUGUGCCGGUGGAGGGGGGGACACGGUGGGAUUGGCGAGGUCGCUACCUCCCCCAUCCUCUCCGGAGAAAACUCGGGGGAAGGAGAGAGCCUUCAGCCUCAUGGAUACGUGGGGGGGCCCCGCUCCCCUCUGGAGCCGCCGUCGCGGGGCCCGGCUGCUGCUGUUGCUGCUGACCGUGCGGCUGGGGAGCGGAGCUGAUAAAGCAGAUGAUGAGGAUGAUGAAGACCUAACUGUGAACAAAACAUGGGUCCUUGCACCAAAGAUUCACGGUGGGGAUGUAACUCACAUACUGGACUCCUUGCUUCAAGGAUAUGAUAAUAAGCUUCGGCCAGAUAUUGGGGUGAGAACCACAGUAAUUGAAACAGAUGUCUAUGUUAACAGCAUUGGCCCAGUUGACCCAAUCAAUAUGGAAUACACCAUAGACAUCAUUUUUGCCCAGACUUGGUAUGACAGCCGCCUAAAAUUCAACAGCACCAUGAAGGUGCUGAUGCUUAACAGCAACAUGGUUGGAAAGAUUUGGAUCCCAGACACUUUCUUCCGGAACUCAAGGAAAUCUGAUGCUCACUGGAUCACAACUCCCAAUCGUCUGCUUCGAAUCUGGAGUGAUGGAAGAGUAUUGUACACUCUGAGGCUGACAAUUAAUGCUGAAUGCUAUCUUCAGCUUCACAACUUUCCUAUGGAUGAACACUCCUGUCCACUGGAAUUUUCAAGCUAUGGUUAUCCCAGGAAUGAAAUUGAAUACAAAUGGAAGAAAACCUCUGUUGAAGUGGCAGAUCCAAAGUACUGGAGAUUGUAUCAGUUUGCAUUUGUAGGGUUACGAAAUACCACUGAAAUCUCUCACACCUUAUCCGGUGAUUAUAUUAUUAUGACAAUCUUCUUUGAUCUCAGCAGACGUAUGGGAUAUUUCACUAUUCAGACAUACAUUCCUUGUAUCCUCACAGUGGUGCUUUCAUGGGUGUCAUUUUGGAUCAAUAAGGAUGCAGUUCCUGCAAGGACUUCUCUGGGCAUCACAACAGUGCUGACCAUGACAACGUUGAGUACAAUUGCUAGGAAGUCACUCCCAAAGGUUUCCUAUGUGACAGCAAUGGACCUUUUUGUUUCAGUUUGCUUCAUUUUUGUCUUUGCUGCCUUGAUGGAAUAUGGCACCUUACAUUAUUUUACCAGCAACAGAAAAGGGGAUAAAGGCAAAGAAAAAAGGUCAAAAUCUAAGCCAUCGAGACCACCUGCGCUCGCUGUUCGACCUGGAUCAACCCUAAUUCCAAUUAAUAACAUUAAUCAUCUCCCUGAACGUGAUGAUGAUUAUGGAUAUGAGUGCCUAGAAGGGAAAGACUGUGCCAGCUUCUUCUGUUGCUUUGAAGACUGCCGCACAGGGUCGUGGCGAGAAGGAAGGAUACACAUCCGCAUUGCGAAAAUUGACUCUUACUCACGAAUCUUCUUCCCAACUGCCUUUGCCUUGUUCAAUCUUGUUUACUGGAUUGGCUAUCUCUACCUAUAAGUUUCAGAGGUUGGGCAAACUCAGAAACAAAACCCCCAAAAGACAAAAAUCCUGCUAAUUGAACCUGCUAAUUCGUACUUUUCGGUGAGCGGUCAAAGAUUAGAACUGGUCCAAAACGACUCAAACUGUUUGGAUGGUUGGAAAAAUUGGAGGCAAGGAGUGGAAAUAAGGUGAUGUAGUCUCCCUCUUGUGAUCAAGCAUAGAACUGAUAGUGGUAGUGUGAGGAGGACAUUUAAAGAUAGGUGUUCCUGAGAUUGAACUUGCCUGCACACACACACACACACAACCCCCACACAUAGUUUUGCCUUGCAGAGUUAAGAGGCUACGUUAAUUAAGUGGAUGGUUCCACAUCACCUUUCCUUUUUAAUCCUGAAUGAUAACGCAGAUGAAAUCUGUAGCAUCUCUAACACCUUUGCAAAGAAAGCCUUAAUGAAAAUGGGAUUGGUUCUUCUCAUCCAUUUCAUCCAUAAGGUGAGGAUUUCAUUAAUCCCUGCUUGAAGAAACAAACAAACCGAAAAGUUGAACUGGAACAUUUCUGUUUUCAACCUGCCAUUUGUUCAGUGAUGAAGUUGUAAUUAAUCACCUGCAAAUUAAGUACAGGAUGCAGGGAUUAGAGCAAUGAGGAAUCACAUAAAAAGACCCAAGGGUAACUCUGAGCUUGUCUUACCCUGACCAGGCUUCUGGCUUUCAACCUUAGAUAUUUGCAUUCAUGUUUGCGUUCCUUCUGCUGUUACAUCACUGCUGUCAGUUCCCUGAAGUUCUCCAAGAGGGCUACAACCUUCAAAACCUUCCACCCAGCUCCCAUUGCUUGCUCAUUUCAUCCAAAGCAGACUACUCUAGGCUGAGAUUUUGGCCAUUAAAUGUUAAUGACCUGCACAUCCUCUCCAUUCCCCUCUGCUGUGUUUGGUUGAGAGUCAGGGCCAGAGAACCAGUCAUACCUCUACAGUCAGUGGAGUUGGUACCAUCCGAGUUUGGAAAACCUCUAACAGUCCUCAUAUUCAAAGCCACUCUGCUGAAUCUCCAGCCCUGACAGUGCAGUGUGUGACCUGCCCCACUUUGCACAGAGUCUGGUUUUGUAGACUCUGCCUGUUACUGCAAGUGCUACUCACUGAGCCAAAGCCAAAUGGUUUGAAGUCACUGGACCUAUGUCGUGGAUUGCUGUGUUGGAUUCGUGCUUGUUUUCUGUGAUGAGGGUGAGUGGGUUUAAAACAAUCCUUGUGAGUUCCAGAUCCUUCUUCGAGGUGGGAUGUAUCCCUUCAAAAAUCAUAGUACCUUUCUGUGGUCACAGCUUGCUCUUCACUUUAGCAGCAAUGCUUCAGUAGUAACCUUUCUGAUCUGACUUCUCUGUGUUGACUGUUGCUGGCUGAUGGCGUUUGGAGUCUCAUUUCUAUUUUUAAAUCCAUUGUCUUCAUUAGGGAGAAGUGCUCCUCCUUCCUCAAAAAAAAAAGAAAUUGCUCUCCAGUGAGUUUGCAAAAAUCACUGUAAAAUUAAGGUAAUGCAUUAAGUAAAAGUCAGAAUUACACAGAAGACCUUUACAGAUCUUUAAAGAGGAUUAAUGAGAUUAGCAUUUGGCUGUAGGUAAGGUUGUUCAGUGCUGAAGAUAAAGACAUGAUUAAUGGCUAAUAAUAGAAAAUGAUACAAGGACCCCUCCAAUAUUUCUGUUGGAUGUGCUCCUUCCUCUGGAUGUCUCAGAAAAGAUUAAUGCAUUUUUAUAGUCCAGUUGGUACCAGACAUACUAAGAUAUGAUGUGCAAAUACACUUUUCAGAUGAAAUAUUACUGCAGUGUUCAGCCCCAGAGUUCAGCAGAGAAUGCAAGCCUAGGUGCAAUGAUUCUGGAAGCAAGUGUGGCAGAGGAGGUCCCAUUUGAAUGCAAACUUGAUAUCAGUAUUUAGCUGAUGAAACAGGAAAGCCAUUGGGAGAAUCUGGAAGUGUGGCAGAGGAGAUCCCAUUUUAGUGCAAGUGUAUAGCAGUAUUUAGCCGAUGAAAUAGGAAAGUGAUUGGGAGAACUGAAAGUGUGGCAGAGGAGAUUCCAUUCUAGUGCAAACAUAGCAGUAUUUAGCUGAUGGAACAGGGAAGUGAUUGGGAGAAUCUGGAAGUGUGUCAGAGGAGAUUCCAUUCUAGUGCAAACAUAGCAGUAUUUAGCUGAUGAAAUAGGAAAGUGAUUGGGAGAAUCUGGAAGUGUGUCAGAGGAGAUCCUAUUUUAGUACAAAAGUGUAGCAGUAUUUAGCUGAUGGAACAGGGAAGUGAUUGGGAGAAUCUGGAAGUGUGUCAGAGGAGAUUCCAUUCUAGUGCAAACAUAGCAGUAUUUAGCUGAUGAAAUAGGAAAGUGAUUGGGAGAAUCUGGAAGUGUGUCAGAGGAGAUCCUAUUUUAGUACAAAAGUGUAGCAGUAUUUAGCUGAUGGAACAGGGAAGUGAUUGGGAGAAUCUGGAAGUGUGGCAGAGGAGAUCCCAUUUUAGUGCAAAUGCAUAGCAGUAUUUAUCUGAUGAAAUAGGAAAGUGAUUGGGAGAACUGAAAGUGUGGCAGAGGAGAUCCCAUUUUAAUACAAAAGCGUAGCAGUAUUUGUCUGAUGAAAUAGGAAAGUGAUUGGGAGAACUGAAAGUGUGGCAGAGGAGAUCCCAUUUUAGUACAAAAGUGUAGCAGUAUUUAGCUAUGAAAAAGGAAAGCCAUUGGGGGAAUCUGAAAGCCUGCAGUGGAGGUUGGCUGACAUGAUUUGUUGCAUGACCUUUAUGAGCACCAACAUCUUGAAAUCAUAGAAUUAUAGAAUCAGAAUGGUCUGGGUUAGAAGGAACCCCCAAAGGUCACCCUCUGCAGUCAGCAGGGGCAUCCUCAACUAGAUCGGGUUGCUCAGAGCCCUGUCUGAGCCUCACCUUGAAUCUCUGCGGUCAGAUCUGUCUGUUGGGCUGAGCAUAGGAGCGUGGCAUCAUUAACAACACUGAUCUUCCGUAGCUUCCUUGUUUUCUGUAGAGUCUGAUUGUCAGAAAAGGCUGAGCACAGUGGGGAUGUGUCAGUUUUAAUCCCAGAGUGCAGCUCGAUGCUUCUCGACAGCACGCUGAGCACAUUGCUCUGUAGGAGGAACGAAGGCGGCUUCAGCAGCAGCGUGUUGGAUGUGCGCUCGAGAAGCAGUUUGCUGCCUUUUGGAACACGAGGCCCAGGUUUUGUGAGCUCCUGAGUUUCAUUAAUUCACCUUUAAACAAAAGGAACUUGAAAGCAAAGCAAACAAACAAGCACAAAAUCCAAACACUUGGCACUUCACGAGAGGAAAUACGGAUUUCACAGCCUGCUCUCCUCUGGCACAUCCAGCGAGCUUUUUUUUCCUAUUCAUGGGGUUGUCAGUUGCCAAUCAGCCUCCAGUGACUGAAUUGGAGAACAGGAAAAACAUUCAGAAUUGGCAAGGGAUGGAUAAGAAGUCUUUCAUCUCAAAUUUCUAUGAAACAAUGUCCUGGAGUAUUAAACCUAUUGAAUCUCGUGGCUGUUUGGCUUGUGGAUACGCUCGCUUCUCUCUGUUGACAAACUUUUCUGUGUACUUCAUUUGUUUCUGAUGGAAUAAUUUCAGUUUCCCAUAGUGCUGUGAGUGCAAAUAGAAAUGGGAAUGCAGUGAACUGUAACAUGGCAUGUAAUAAAUGUCUUCUUUUA